AUGGACCACUCAGCGCCUUUCGCUCAUCAUCACCAGCAGCAAAACCAGUCAACUUCUUUCGAAUCCGAAAAAGUCGACUAUGGCUUUGACAGUUUGCUCGGUCACGAUACAUGCCUGACACAUGGUCUCGAUUCUCUCGGUACCUGCAACAACACCGAGAACGCUUGUCUCGACCAACGCUGUUUUGACCACUAUGGUAAAACUGCUACCACCAAGAACGCUCUUGACAUCGGCCUCGAUCUUAAGAACGGUACUGAUACGGUCUCUCAGCGUCAUGACCAGGUCAACAACGCCCGUUCCACAAGGGCAAAAAGCCGUAGCCAGUCAAACAUAUCCAGUUCUCCUUCAAGAACAUUGUCUACUGCGGCAAUGAGAGUCUCAGCGCACCGACAAAAGCGAAGGAGACAGUCUGAGCAGACGCAUCAGUAUCACAGCCAACUGGAAUAUCAGCAGUCUUCGCAUGUGCAUCAAAUGCACUCUCCUCAUAGCAUUCAACAGGAUCAGAAUCUCCAGCACAUCGACCCUACAGCUGUUCUUCAGACCGUCAACGAGAAUCUGCAGCACAGCUUCAACAUGCCACUGUUAGACAGCCAACAUACAUCCUUUGGCGAAUUCCAACACCAAAACCACGCAUUUUCAGUGCCCAGUCUCUAUGAUCGUUGGCCACAAGCCGUUGCUCCCUCCUGGGCUAACAUGAUGGGACAGGCCAACGUCGCUAAUUGCAUGCCGAUGUCGUGGACACAACAUAUGGGAUGCAACAACGCCACCUCUGUUGACUGCACUUCUGCGUGCGGCGACGCCAAAUGCUGGAGUCAAUGUGGCGACGGAGAUCAUGCGGACUGUUGCUUCGAUGCUUCUUGUGACGAGUUUGAUUUCUCCCAUGCUGCUUGUUGCUUUGAACCCACUUGUGCUGCCCUUGAGCCAUGCCUUGACACCUCUUGCCAGGAGGCCGCAAUCCCCUGCAACGAUUCGCAUUGCGUGAGCACCACCGUGUCAACCACUCCGGCGUCUGUGUCUGUUACAACACCCUCGGCAGAGCCUGAACCCGUGGUCAAUACCCUAAUGAGUCCAGUCGAACCAGGCCAGGGCGUUCCUCUGGAUAUUGACUCCGCGAUCGGGAAUGACUUUGGCCAUUUCUCUCAUGAAAUCGGACCUAGUUUUACUGAUGAUCUCAACCAGCACGUCGGAAACCUUGCAAGCCGUCCAAGUGGCCCAGGGCUGAGCCACAAUGGCGCCUUUUCCAUGCCCUCACAAUCUCCCACACCGAAAACCGAGUUAGCUGAGAAGCAAGCUAUAAAAGGAGAAGCCGAGUUCACCUGCCAAUGGCUUUGUGAGGGAGAUGGAGUCCUCUGUUCCAAAAGGUUUGGAAGUAAUAAAGAACUCCAGGACCACUGUAAGAAUGAGCAUGUCAAGAAUCUGCAGAAGGGCGAAAAUGGGUUUUGCUGCACAUGGUACGCUUGUAUAAGACCCGGUCCAUUCUCACAAAAGAGCAAACUGGAACGACAUAUGCAGACACAUACCGGAUACAAACCCGUCAAAUGCGAGAUUUGCGGCAUAAUGCUUUCAGCAAAGCAAUCUCUGGAGCAGCACAUGCGUACCCACUCGGGAGAAAAACCAUGGAAGUGCGAUCAUCAGGGGUGUGAGGCGCGAUUCAAACAACAGAGUGCUCUUACCAUGCAUAUGCGCACGCAUACAGGAGAGAAGCCUUUGCAGUGCGAAAUCUGUGGUAAGCGGUUCGGCGAAUCCUCCAAUCUAUCCAAGCACCGUCGCACGCACAAUGUUCGCGGUAACCACGUUUGUGAGCACUGUGGCAAAGACUUUCAUCGGCUGGAUCAACUUCGUCGGCAUCUGCAGACUCAUCUGCAAGAUGGCGGCCGCAAGACUAGCAAAAGCUCAUGA